UUUUACCAGGAUACCAAUUCAAAUACUAACACGAUUUAAUUGUUUAAUAUAAUUUGAUGUUUAUUCAAUACAAAUAUCAUAUACAUACAUAUUAUAUUAUAAGUUAUGGUGUUAUAAUGAACAUGUGUGGUCACCCGACGACAUCAUACGAUUCAGAUUUACAUAUACGGGCUUGACUAUUACUAUUAUCGCGAUUAUUACCAACAUCAUACGGUUCUGAUUUACAACAACAGGCUUGAAUGCCUCUAUUAUCACUACGUUUGCGAUUAAAUUCAUUUUUUACAUUUUCAAUAAAUUCCAUGCCUUUAUAUAAUAAUACGAAUACACAUUUGGGGUUGUGCAUGGCGUGUUGCUGCCACACAUCGUCAUUUUCCUACCAUUGCCCCAACAAUAACCCGCAGUAGUGACAUUGAACCAAAUCCUCAGUCCCGGUAUAAGUGAAUCCGCUGGUGGCCAGUGAAUAUUUAUCUUGACACGAUCGAGCCGGGUGUGAAUCGAAUGUUUUCAACCUUGAUAAAAAGCUUGUAUACUGAGGAUAUUCCGGAUCCGAGUUCUCAUGUACUAAACGCACUAGUGAUCGACAAUCGGUGGUACAUUUUAAUAAAUUCAUUGCAAAUGAAACGUAGAAAAAUAUUUUAAAUCGUAAAUAAUGCGUUCCAACUGUUAACGUUUAAACGUGAAUAAGACGCUUCUAACCAGUGUAACCGUCUGUAAGCAACUGUCGGUUAUAUGGCGAAAGCUACCGGCCGUUGCAAGACAUAUACAGAAUAAUAAUAAUAUAAUUAUAUAAAUUAAAAUAUUUAGGUAUCUCCAGUUAUCAGAUAACAGCUUGUUGACCGACGUAGGCAGAUCUGUGGCAUAUUAUUGCCGUCACCAGACGCUUAUCAUUGCCGACACAUGUCGCGCGCGAUGUGUAUAUUGCGAGCGUUAAUAUUAUAAAAUGUAUUAUGUCCCAGCGCCACUUAGUACUAGCGGUCGAAUAUUUCUACAGCCUUUAUAGAUAAUGUCGGAUACCCCUCACCGUCCGCCCGCCCACCACAGCAUCCGAUAUUCGGGUCCACUGCCAGCGCAUAUGUCCUACAGAUCAGACGGUCAGUGCAGCUCGACGAAAACUGUUGUACAUUCAUAUUACCUCGCUCACUCUGUUAAAUAACUUCUCUAGUAUUAAAUAUUUAAAAAUGUUUAACUGUGUGUUAUGUGAUAAAGUGUACGUUCAUAAGCGUGAUUUGAACAGACACGAUAAAACCCACAAUGGAUCGGUGAUUUCGUGUGGAAUAUGCUUCAAGACGUUCGUCCAGCGGAACAAUCUCAAUAUUCACGUUCAAAAAUGUCACAAAAUCGCUAAAGACACUCCAGAAUUCCACAGUGCUAUACGAAUAGGCGGUGCAAUGGGUAUAUAAUUUUUUUCUCUUAUAAAUAAUAAUAAGGACACUAUUUUAAUAUUAAUAAUAAUAUAUUAUAUUAGGUCGC